AUGGGACUCUGGGAGGGACUCCGAGACCCAGGAAACCCAGAAAUGGAGGCUGGGAAUGGAGCCCUCCUUAGGGACUCAGUGACCUUUGAGGAUGUGGCUGUGAACUUCAGUCUGGAAGAGUGGGCCUUACUGGAGCCUUCACAGAAGAAACUCUACAGAGAUGUGAUGCUGGAAACCUUUAGGAACCUGGUUUCAAUAGGUAAAAAAUGGGAAGAUGUUGAUAUGGAAGAUCAGUACAAAAACCAACAGAGAAAAAAAAGAAUUCAUAUGGUAGAGAGGCUCUGUAAAGGAGAAAAAAGUAGUCAGUAUGGGGAAAACUUCAGCUUUAUUCCCAAUAUGAAUGUGAAGAAGAAAAUGUUUCCAUCAGUAAAACCCUGGGAAGACAGUGUGCAUGGAAAAGUCAUCAUGGAUCAUUCAUCCAAUAAUAGGCACACUAGGUGUCACUCUGGACAUAAGCCGGCUGAGUAUCAUAAGUAUGGAGAGAAGCCAUAUAAAUGUAACACAUGUGGGCGAGCUUUCCGUUAUCUUCAGUGUUUUGAAAAACACAAACAAAAUCACAACGUUGAGAAACCCUAUAAAUGUGAGGAAUGUGGGAAAACAUUCAUGUGGCUCAAAGCCCUCCAAAGACACAUGAUCACACACACUGUCGAUGUUCCUUAUAAAUGUAAGGUGUGUGGGAAAACCUUUAGUUCUUCAGCUGCACUGCAAAUAUGUGAGAGAACCCACACAGGAGAGAAGCCCUAUCAAUGUAAACACUGUGGGAAAGCCUUCAGAUGUUAUAAAAGUUUUCAGAGACAUGAAAGAAAUCACACUGAAGAGAAACCCUAUCUGUGCCAAAAAUGCGGUAAGGCAUUCAUGUAUCCCAGUUACCUUCGAAUACAUGAAGCAACUCACACUGAAGAGAAACCCUAUGAAUGUCAGGAAUGCGGAAAGGCCUUCCGAUCUUACAGUGCCUUAAAACCACACAGAAGAACUCAUGAAGGAGAGAAACCCUAUGAAUGUAAGGAAUGUGGAAAGGCCUUCAGUAAUUACAGGUCCUUACAAAUACAUGAAAGGUCUCACACUGGAGAGAAACCCUAUGAAUGCAAGCAUUGUGGUAAAGCAUUCAGCGCUCCCAAUUACCUUCGAAAACAUGAAAGAACUCAUAUUGCAGAAAAACGGUAUAAAUGUAAAGAAUGUGAAAAAGCCUUUCGAUUUUCUAAUUCCUUACAAACACAUGAAAGGACGCACACAGGAGAGAAACCCUAUGGAUGUAAAGAAUGUGGAAAAGCCUUCAGAUCUUCUGGUAACUUACAAACACAUGAAAGAACUCACACAGGAGAGAAACCUUACAAAUGCAAGGAAUGUGAAAAAUCCUUCAGAUAUUCCAGUUCUUUACAAAUGCACAAAAGGACUCACAAAGGAGAGGAACCCUAUGUCUGUAAAAAAUGCAGUAAAGCAUUCAGAUAUCCCAGUAAUCUUCGAAUACAUGAAAGAAUUCACAGUGGGGAGAGACCCUAUGGAUGUAAGCAAUGUGGAAAGGCCUUCAUAUCUUACAGUUCCUUACAAACACAUGAAAGGACUCACACUGGAGAGAAGCCCUUUGAAUGUAAACAUUGUGGUAAAGCCUUCAUUUCUCGAAAAUCCCUUCAAAGACACGUGAAAAUGCAUACUUGAAAUAAUCCCUAUCAGUGUAAGGAGUGUCGGGGAGCAUUCACUUGUCUUAGUUUGCAUCAAAGACAAAAGAAUUCACACUGGAAAUAGACACUAUGAAUGAAAACAAUGCGGUAAAGCCUACAUUGAACAGAGUUCCUUACAAUGACAUGAAAGAACUCACACUGGAAUAAGAGCUAUGAAUGUCAGGUCUGCAUAAAAGCCUUUACUUUUAACAAAAUCCUUCAAAAUCACAAGAUGAGAGUGUACUCAGCAGAGAAACUACAUAAAUGUGAGGCAUGUGGGAAAACCUUCAGUCAUUUCUCUUCUGAAGAUGUGAAAGGACUCACUGGGUCAAAUCUCUUGAAUGUAAUCAGUGUGGGAAAUGCUUCAAUUGGCCCAUAUCCUUACUUGUAAAACUUCCACCAAAAAUAUAAAAAUGUAAAUAAUGUAAGA